AUGUCUUAUGACCGAAGUUGGAUCACUCGACGAAUAAUUCCCGGUGGUUAUGGUUUUACGGAUGAAUAUAAUGAGGGAGUUAAAUAUUUUUUGGCAUUUGCGAGAAGCAAUUCUACAAAACCUCAUGAUCCAAAUCUUCUUAUUAGAUGUCCUUGCAAUACAUGUAGAAAUCAAUUACAUCAACUAAUUCCCGAUGUCGAGUUUCACUUAAUUGCAACCGGUUUUCUCGAGAGUUAUACCACAUGGCAUUAUCAUGGCGAAGCUAGCGGGUCGAGAAAUGAACAAGUGAAUGAUCAAGAAGAUGUGUAUGAUGAAUAUGAGAUGUUGAGGGAUGCUUUUGGGCCGGAAGCUUUGGAAGUAGAGAAUAACAUUUCCGAGGACCCGAACGAGCAAGCAACUAAAUUUCUAGACAAUGUAAACAAUGUUGGGGAGCCAAUAUAUCCGGGCAAUAUAAAGUACACACAAUUGAAGUUUAUUUCGAGAUUACUACAUUGGAAGAGUCGUAACCAAUGUAGUGAUAAAGCCUUUGAUGAGUUGCUCCUUUUACUUGGGGACGUGUUUCCGGAGGGGCAUAAGCUCCCUUCCAAUUACUAUGCUGUCAAGAAGAUAGUUAAGAAGCUGAGUUUGGGGUAUGAAAAAAUACAUGCAUGUGAGAAUGAUUGUAUGUUGUUUUAUGGUGAUGAUAAGGAUUUGGAAAAUUGUAAGUAUUGUAAUCUGAGUCGAUACAAAGCUGCAACACAUGCUGGGAACAAUACCAUUCCGAGGAAGGUAUUAAGAUAUUUUAAAAUCACUCCUCGAUUGCAGCGUUUGUACAUGUCUACCCGCACUGCUGAGCAUAUGAAAUAUCACAAGUAUAGAACUGUGGAUGAAGGGGUUCUUAGUCAUCCUGCAGAUGGAAAAGAAUGGAAAGAAUUUGACAAGAUGUAUCCUGAUUUUGCAGCAGAUUUUCGUAAUGUCAGACUUGGUCUUGCAACUGAUGGAUUUCCCCCGUACAGUAAUGCUACAUCUACAGUAUACUCAGUGUGGCCAGUUGUACUACUUGUGUAUAACCUUCCACAUACUAUGUGUAUGAAGGAUCCAUAUAUGUUCAUGACACUGCUAGUACCUGGGCCAAAUGAUCCUGGAAAGAAUCUAAAUGUUUAUCUUAGACCAUUGAUUGAUGAGUUGAUUGAUUUAUGGCAGGUCGGUGUACGUACAUUUGAUGCUUCUACAAAGACUAAUUUUAUGAUGCGAGCAGCUUUGUUGUGGACUAUCAGUGACUUUCCAGGAUUGGGAAUGGUUAGUGGGUGGUCAACCCAUGGAAAGAUGGCUUGUCAUGUGUGUAUGGGUGAAGUUAAAGCUAAGCAACUACCGCAUAGUAGGAAAUCCAGUUUUUAUGGAUUACAUAAGGGAUUCUUAGAAAAGCGCAGAAAAAGAAAGAAAGGUUUUGUCAUUCGUGACAUGUGUGCAAGUAUAACUUUUCCACAACCUGGGAAGCCACACAGCAAGGAAAGGGCCCAUGGAUUUGGUGAUUCACACAACUGGACACAUGUCACUAGCUUCUUUGACCUGCCAUAUUGGGAUUCUUUGCGUUUGCGGCAUUGUAUUGAUGUCAUGCAUACAGAGAAAAAUGUCUUUGAUAACAUUUUCCACACUAUUCUUGAUAGUGUCAAAACAAAGGAUACUAUAAGAUCAAGAAUGGAUUUGCAAGCAAUGGGUAUCAUGCGCGAGUUAUGGCUUAACGGUACACGUAAGCCAAAAGCUAAAUACAACCUCACCCGAGAUCAGUUGAAAUUACUAUGUAAAUGGGUGCAUAGAUUGAAACUCCCAGAUGGUUGUUCGUCAAACUUGAAGAGAUGUUGUAAGAUAUCUCAAUUGAAAUUUCAAGGCAUGAAGUCACAUGAUUGUCACGUAUUUAUGCAGAAGUUGUUGCCUUCAGCUUUUCGUGAACUUCUUCCAGAUGAUGUGAACAAACUACUUUAUGACUUGUCAAAUUUUUUCAAAGACUUGUGCUCAACCACACUUCUUGCAUCAGAUUUGAGGAAAAUGGAAAGAAACAUUGUUGGGAUUGUUUGUACUAUGGAGACUAUAUUCCCUCCGGCUCUUUUUGAUCCAAUGGAGCAUCUUCUUGUUCAUUUAGUUGAGGAGUGUAUACUCGGCGGCCCCGUCCCAUCCCGAUGGAUGUAUAAUAUUGAAAGACUACAACGCAGAAUGAAGCAAAAGGUGGGGAACAAAGCACGCGUUGAAGGAUCCAUUGCAGAAAAAUACAUAUAUGAGGAGCUCACACAUUUUUGUUCUAUGUACUUUGAGUCUGAAGUUGACACAGUGCACAACAUGUUAGGGAGGAAUAUGGUUGAUGAUCGUUCACGGGAUCCAGAAAAACUAUUAGCCUUCACAUAUCCGGUACAGCUUUUGGGAGCUUAUAAAGGUUAUCAUUUAGAUAUGGAUUCCUUGCGCGUUGCAGCACAUUACAUCCUCACUAAUAUGCAUGAAGUGGCACCUUAUAUUACAAUGUUUGAAGAUGAGAUUCGAAGUCAAGGUGCACCAUUGUUGAGUGAUAUAGAUAUGGAUAAAUUGUUAAAGGAUAAUUUUGUCACGUGGUUGCAAAAUAAGGUACCAAACAACUACGAACAAUUACAACAUUUAUUACAAGGCCCGACUUCUUAUGUGAUAUCCUAUAAAAGAUGCAAGGUUAAUGGAUACUCAUUCAACCUAGGAAGAUCAAGCUCGGGGGUACUUGUCAAGGGCAGUUGUUACGGUGAUAGUGAAAGCAAUUACUAUGGGACUUUGCAAGAGGUUCUAAAAGUAACAUACUGUGGUGGAAAUCAAGUGAUUUUAUUCAAAUGUCAAUGGUAUGAUCAUAUUAGGGGUGUAAAAAAAGACAAAAAUGGAGUGCUCCUAAUUGAUCUUAACUCAAAAUUGAAAGGAAAUGAUGUUUACAUUCUAGCAAGUCAAGCCACUCAAGUGUACUAUGCUCCUAGUGUGAAAAAUCCGGAUAGUAAUAUUCACACAAUCAUCACAUGUAGACCUCAAGUAUUGAGCGGCAAAACUAAUAUUGCUAACAUGGAACCCCUUCAAGAAGACGUAUCAAAUGCCAUGCCGAUAGACUUUUCAUCAAGAUCGUUAUUUAUCGAUUUUUCACAAUACGAAAUGGAAGGAGAACAAGGACAAGAAAAUGAAGAUGAAAGUGAUGAUGAAGAAGAAGAAGAAGAAGAAGAAGAAGAAGAAGCGGAAAGUGAAGAAGGAGAAGAUGAUGAAGAUGGUUAUGAUAGUAUUGAAGUUGAAAGUGAAUAA